AUGGAAAAGAGAGAUUUAUCUAGUGAGGCUGAAGAAGAGUGUGUAAAAAAAACAAGGGUUGUUCUAGAUAAGGGCCAGAAUGGACCAUCAGCAAGGAUUUUGGAGAAGAUGGGGGGAGAAAAAGGUUCAGCUGGAAAGGGUUUGGAUGUAAAAUUACAUCCAUUGUUGAGAAAAAGUUUCAAUCUUCCAUCCACCAUUACAACAAGUAGCAGGAACCCAUUAAAGCAGAGCCGAUUGGUGGCUUCUUCUUCUUCUGCCUUUAAUCCCUAUAUCAGUCAAACUUCUUCUUUGAUUGCAAACAGUCAUAAACCAAAACCUUUAAAGUUUAAUUUGCAAGGUAAAUUCAUAUCAAAAGGUGACAAGUUUCGAGAACAAUUGAGACUUGAAAAUGAAGAGAGACAAAAACAUGAUCAACUAGCUGAGCAAGGUUUGUUGGCAAAUGAGAAUUUGAGAGAAGAUCAUUACCGGCUACAGUUUCCUCCCUUGGUUGAAUGGUGGGAUCGACCCUAUUUAAGGGAUAACAACUAUACAAGGAUUAACGACGAAAACAGAUUAGUCUUGGAUAAUGAAGAGCAACCAAUAACUUGCUAUAUCCAGCACCCCGUACUACUCGAGCCGAUAUGGGAGCAAACCACUAGUCACAAUGCACCAAUACCAAUGUUCUUAACAGCUAAGGAGAAGAAAAGGAUGAGAAAGAACGAUAGACAAAUCAGACACAAGGAGAAACAGGACCGAAUUAAGCUUGGAUUGGACCCGCCGCCGCCUCCAAAAGUGAAACUAUCGAAUUUGAUGACUGUGUUGACUAAUGAAGCUAUUAAAGACCCUACAGCUGUCGAGAAUAAAGUUCGAAAACAGGUUGAGGAAAGAUUACAAAAACACCUUAGAGACAAUGAGGCAAGAAAGUUGACCCUGGAGCAGAAACGUGCCAAAAUAUUUGCUAGACAAGAAAAAGACAUUGCCAAUGGAGUUUAUACGACAAUUUUCAAGAUCAAUAGUUUGGACAAUCCACUGCAUUUUUACAAAGUUGAUAUCAAUGCAAAACAGGGUAAUUUAUUUGGCAUUUGUUUAAAGAAUCCCAAGUUUAAUCUAGUCGUUGUAGAAGGUGGUGAAAAAUCAAUGAAGCAUUAUAAAAAACUUUUAAUGAAUAGAAUAAAGUGGAGUGAAACGGGAGAUGAAGAGAAUACUGGUUUAAGUAAAUGUAAAAUACUCUGGGAAGGUAGAUUACCCCAGAUAAAUUUUGAAAAGUGGAGUAUCAUGUACUCAAGAAACGACGAAGAAGCAAUAAAAGUGUUGAAAAAAUUCGGUAUGGAAAAUUACUGGACAAUAGCUCAGGAUAGUCAGGAAUCAACCAACUAG